AAAUGGUUAAGAGUCACUUAAAGACGAAGAGCGGAGUGGCCGGCUGUCAAAACUUCCCAUGCACAGUUCGAACCACAUCGCUAUUACCAUCGACAGCGAUGGCGGAGAACCAUUUUAUUAGAUCCGACAGGGAGGCUAUCAGUCUAGAAAUAUGCAAAGAUCUUACCUUACUGGCGGGGCUUGCGGUAUGGAUUGCCAACCCGUUACCACAGGUCGGCAGCACUACAGCGCCGAUUGCUUCCGUCCCCACCGGAUGCGAUUACGCAAGCCGAACUGGUUGCAAAUCCCAAUCCUAUACAUCCUGGGGACUCAUCAUCGCGGUCAUAUGUGACGCGUAUUGUAUGCGACGUACCCGACAGCAAUAACAUCAACAAACGGCUAAGUGGCCCCACCCUCCCCAGGACCAAACAUUGCUCCCAGAUAACCCGGACGAGGCAAAGAGGUCUUUUUUGGACAGCAAUUGACAAUAUAGAGUUAUAACAUAACAUUAUAUAAUGUCAGCAUAAUAUCAGAACUUUAAAAAGCUAUAAUUUCGAAAAUAAGUUAGUCCGUUCAAUUCUGACUUCACCAUCGUUCUUAAAUCGCCAAAUAUACAUAUGUU